GAGACUCCAUCUUAAAAAUAAAUUAAAUAAUAAAUAAAUAAAUAAAUAAAUAAAAGAAACACAAAAAAGGACAUUCAGAUUAAAUUAUGAAAGCAGAAGUGACCCCUGGAUUCUGUUGGGAAGCGCCGUGCUGGUGUCCGGCUCCACCUUGUUCGUGGCCCCCAUCGGAGGGCACCUGGCCCAAAGCCACCUGCAGCUUUAAAGACACUGUGUGGCCUAAGAAACCUCCUGGGAUGUGCUGCUAGGAAAGUCAUGCGAAAACACGCUCCAGGCUUUUCUGCCCAGAUGUGGUACUGUCAGGCUUGCCUCAGGCCUAAGCAGGAGGAGGGCAGGCAGCCCCGAAGCAGGCUGCGUGGUUCAUGCACGGGCCAGUGGUGGUUCCUUCGCGUGUCCUGAAUGUGCAGGUGUCGCUGGAAUGAUGGAAAAGAUUUAUAUGACCUCAGUGAAAGGGCUGCUCUCUGCUUUUGUUCCUUUGAUGGACAACUAAAUGGCCUGGACACCUUUCCCACAGUUUUCAUGAAGACUGGGAGGGAGCUGGCUUUAAGAUCAGGAUUCUGGUUUACCUGAGAAGCUCCUGCUUAGAUCCCUGCUUGGUUCACAGUCACUGGGGAUGUUCUGUGGCACUGCCCGCUUACAGAGCUCCCGCCUCUGCAGGGACGUUUCCGGCGAGGUGCCUGGGACAUCCCACAGCAUGAGCCCGCUGAAAUGGGGCACCCGCGGGCACAGACCACCCCACUGCGUGGGAACUGUGCGGUCUCUUGGUGCAUGUGGAGGAAGCUGGCAAGGUUGACGCUGGUGUUUCCAGCCCAAGUGUCUUGACAGUGGGACCCUUGAUAGAGAUUGGGGAGUGAGGUGUAGUGUAGGUGGUAGCUAAGGUCAUGGGCUUGACCUCAGGCUGGAGGCAGUAGGGGAUCCUGGGAGACACUCUGCCCACAGGCCGGGUGCAGUGGGGGAUCCUGGGAGACACUCGGCCCACAGGCCGGGUGCAGUGGGGGAUCCUGGGAGACACUUGGCCCACAGGCCAGGUGCAGUGGGGUAUCCUGGGAGACACUCGGCCCACAGGCCGGGUGCAGUGGGGGAUCCUGGGAGACACUCGGCCCACAGGCCAGACGCAGUGAGGGAGCCUGCAGCCCCUCGUGGGUGUACUUGGUGCAGGAGAAGUGCUGGGCUGCUACUGGGCUGUGCCAGACCCUGGCGGGGCCAGGCCACGCCCAGGCCAGCCAGGUGGGGAUUCAGGGGUCCAGGUCCUUACUGGGGGAGGGAGAGACAAGGAGAGAAGAACAGGCACAUCAGUAGGUGCGGAUGCUGGGUGAAGACAAUCUGGUGGCCACCAUGUAGCCUUUGGUCAUCAACCUGCACCCUCCUGGGCCCUGAGAGGAGAACCUGCAGGGCGGGUGGGGAGGGGAAGCACGGGGCUCAGUCGCCCAUAGGGCCUGUUCCUCAGCCGUGCGCCAUGGGACCCAGCAGAUACACGGUCUGUCGGGCACAGUGAUAAGGUGGGGGACAAGGUGGGCAGCAGCCAGUUCCCUUCCCUUCAAGCCGCAGGAAUCAGAGCAGGCUGAGAAACCCCAGCCAGAAUGGCCAGCAGUGGAAUUGCUUUGCCAAGCACCUGAGGUCAUGCCUGGUGUCCAGCCGAGCACAUGGCCUCCUGAGCAGGCGGGACUUCCUGGCCACACAGGCCACGCCACUGAGGCACGUGAGGCAGGCCGCGGGGCUGUGGCAGCCUCCCUGCCCUUCCGGGCUCAGUGUCGGCAUCUGUGAGUGGUGACCCCACUCUUCUCCUGAGCUUGGGAGUGCCCCGUCUGUGGUGUGACUGUCCUCCCGGAGACUGCCGUGGUGGGUCUGCUCUAACAGAAAGAGUAGGUGGAGUGGGAAACGCCGUCCUCUUCCCUUGUGGCUUUUACACGUGCCCUGGAUUCCGGUGAACGAUGAAGGAAUGGCCGUUGUCGAGGAACACUCCGUCAUCGGUCGUGCUGUCUGUGUGCGGCGCAGGUGCACACAGGUGGGAGAGAAACAGCCCCUCCACCAGCCCGAUGCCUGCGCAACCCAGGUAUCUGCCAGGUGGGCCAGUGGGGCUUCCCCGAGCUCAUCUGUGUGCCUGGCAGCCCAGCCCCAGGCUGAGAAGUCCGCAAGCACCGACUUGGAACGAGCUGUGCAUCUGGAGUUUUUCCAAUACGUUGUGGUACCGUGCUCACCCUUUGGUGCCCGCCGUGAGAUGGCAGAGAGGUGGCCGUCUGGCUGUGGUCUCGGGGUUUGGGGUGUGAAGAGGAUCAGAUCCACACCCCUGCAGCUUGAGGAUGGGCUUGAAGCUUGUGAGCAGUUUUGUCGGCUGGCUCUUCCGAGCUGCUUCCUCUCCACACGGCCACUGGGGCUUCCUGGGUCCCUGGAGCUUCCCUUCUCCACCCUCAGCCAGUGCACCGGGACCAGCUGCCUGUCCUGCUGUGCGCCUCCACGCCUGUCCCCGUGCUGGAGGAGGGAUUUGGGGCUCCUUCUGUUCAGUGUCUCCUCCAGGCCACCUGCAGCUUUCCUUCAUAGAAUGCCGCUCAGCUGCCCCGGUCCUAUCCCAGGGCAGAGCUGCUCCUGAGUACCCUUGAGACUGAAGCAGAAUCGGCAGAAGGCAGAUUGCCCUCUCUCCCUGAACCUGGCACUG